CAACUUCAACAACUCCAUCAUCUCGUCGGCAUCCAUCCACAACCUCUGCUGUUGGUGAUACACUUCUUCAUCCUCGUCGCGCCCAGUACGCGACACCAGAUCCCCAGCUGCGAAUACCUGCAAUCGACCAGUCGCUCCGAAUCAACACAGCACGCGAUCCCGGGCGGGGGCAGAGUUGAGCGCGACUACCACGCUGUUUGGGCAUUACAAGGAGAUCUCCUUGGUCGCUGGAUAGCUUCACUCUCUUCUCUUUAUCAUUGUCCGCAUCAUCACAUCAUAGCUUGUCUUGUAGAGCCCCGUGAGCGCGUAAAACCACGCGAAUUCUAUUUGAAAUCAUCUCGACAAAACAUCCACCCUUGUAAAGCUCCACAACAACACGAUCUGUGAAUCGCCCUUGAGCCCGUCACCCAACAUGGCCGAUGAACCUCGAAGAUCGGUGCGAGCCACCAAAGGUCAACACACCAAGAGUCACGAUGUGCUCGAUCAAGCUACACCUGAACCGAAGAAGAAAUCUACAAAGAAGGCGAAGAAGGUCGAGAAGGAAGAGGAAGCUGAGAUUAUUCGAUGUGUCUGCGGAGCUCUGGAGAGUCCGGAUGGGGACGAAGAUCCAUGGAUUGCUUGUGACAACUGCAACGUAUGGCAACACAAUGUCUGCGUGGGCUUGCCUACAUAUGAUGAAGACAUUCCGAAGAACUACCUGUGCGAAGAAUGCGAUCCAGAAUUCCACAAGGAAUUGUUAGACGCGGUGGCGAAUGGAGUCAAGAUUUGGGAGCAGCGCCGUAAGACGUACGAGAAGAUGAAGGCAGAUGAGGAGAAGGAGAAGAAGAAGGGAAAGGGAAAGAAGGGCAAGAGACCCAGCGAUCCGAAAUCCGAAGUCAGCCAUACAACCAACGGCAAGGCCAAAUCUCCCUCGACCCCAGUGCCUGCAGAGGCAAAGAAGGAGAAGAAAGAGGUGGCAAAGGGCUCUAGUACCAAGCGUAAGAACAGGGGCGAUUCUCAGGACAAAGAGUCUGCAAAGGAGCUCCCACCUACCAAGUCCCGCAAAGUCUCUGCUGCACACACAACUCCAAGACAAGAUUCACCCAUCACUGGUUUGACGGUUAAGAUCCUUGACCUCGAGUCAGCUCGGCAAGCAGGAGCGACGCUGGUCAACAAAGGAUUGGCACACGCUCUGCCCAUCGCUGUGAAGAAUGGAAUCUAUGUCUUGAGAGAAAAUGAUACCAUUGAGGCGAAGGCGGAGCGCCUAGCCAUUGAGGUCGAAGAUGCCAUUCACGCAACUCACCCUGACAAAGGAUCGUAUAGUAAGCAGUCUCGAGCCAUCUUCAACAACCUCAAGCAUAACCAGGAGCUGUGCAAUGGUCUCUUGACCAGGACCCUAUCCCCACAUGACCUGGCUACAAUGACCACAGACGAUAUGGCUAGCAAGGAGUUGAAGCGAGAAACUGCAGAGAUGAAGGCACGAGCAGAUAAGCAAUCGAUCAUGGUCUCCGACGAUGGUCCUAGAGUACGCAGAACACACAAGGGAGAAGAGGUCAUCGAGGGUGACAAUUUUGCGGUUGCAAACGAUAAUACGAUGUCUACUUCUCGAAGACGCAGCAUGCUAGACCCGAAUGCGGAUAUGGCGGCCAGAUCACGAGAGAACUCUCCCGGAACACAGGUCGAGCUUCCUGACAUCAACUCUUAUCGGUCUCAGGAUGACAUUCGAGGUCACGUCGUUCCAAAGCAUCCUCUCAAUAUCGAGACGAAAACUGGUCUACCGAUGAGGAAGCCUUCUGGACAAGCUGACUUUGACAUCAACAAGGUCUUUUCGAACGUUCCGUCCCAGUCACCUGUCAGCGCACAUCAUACUCGAACACAAUCUAUCAGCAAUGCACCCCCAGCCAAUGGCCCUGGUAACGACCCAGAAAUUGAUAGGAUGUUGGAGGAUGAUGGUAACGAAUCUGAACCUUACUCCCCUGCCGAAUAUAAAUCCGAUCCUGACAUCGUCUGGCGUGGAACUGUCGUCAUGGACUCUAUCGCCAAGUUCCCUGCCGAUGCCAAACAUGUGGCCGGUGUAGACAUCAGUCGGACUUUGGCUUGGGCUGAUGUCCUUCAGAAGGAGCUCAAGGUUGCAGGUCGAAUUGAUCGUGAGAAGGCAAACGAAUACCUCUGCAGCCUCAGAUACAGCCCACCUACCGACGUUGUUGUGGUCAAUGUCACCCCGGCAGGAGAUGACGCCGCACAAGGAUUUCAAGAGUUAUACGAUUACUUCCAGAGCAAGAAUCGGUAUGGUGUUCUCGCCAACAAAGGCAUCGGAAACAUUCGAGAUACAUACCUCGUUCCAGUGCCACCAUCGCCAGCUAAUCUGCCAGAUUUCAUCGUCAACCUCGAAGGACACAAGAUCGCUGAAGACCGUUCUGAGCCUAUGAUUGUCAUCGCUUUGGUCAUUCGCAAUGAAGGACCUGAUUUAGGACGAAGUUUUGAUGGCACUAGUGAUGUGCACUCUCCUACCGUCAAGGCCCAUCCCCAGCGUCAAAUGUCCAUUGGUGGUGCUGGUCCUGCAAUGUCUCCUAUUGCACCUCAAGGCCAGGGCACCUUUCCCACCCCUCCGAUUCCUCAGCAACAGUUUCCCUCAGAUGACACCCAAAGACGAUACCAACAAGAGCAAGAGCGAGCCCAUGCUCAACGAGAGGGCGAGACCAAUGCAUUGAAGAUCCUUGGCACAUUCGCUGAAGCUCCAACUGUCGCAUUUCUCAUGCCCCAGGCAUUCCAAAUGAGAGAGGUCGAGUGGCAAAUUAUUCGAGGUAUCUUGGAGGAAGACGAUAAGGCGCGGGUUGAUCUGCAACACCUGAGUCAGGUUCUCGAGGUUCGGAUGUCGCAGUACAGCCAGUCGCAGCAGAGCAAUUGAGAGCUUAGGUGACUAGAUACAGGGUAUGUGUACAUUAUGACUGUUUGAUUUAAUCUUCUUUUCACUUCGAGGCGCUUCAAUGGAAGCAUCAUUCAUCAAAUUUCUUUCUUUCAAUCGGUAGGGGAUGGAUGCGCAUGCAGGUUUUUACGAUACCAUCACGAGGUCAUGACCAGAACUGGAUAGUUAGGAUCAUUGAUCUCUUCUGUUGCUUUACCUCCUUGUACAUAUCACGAUGAAUGCAAAAAUAAAGCGUCG